AUGGACCCACGAACUCCUCCUAGGUCCACGACGAGCACAACAACGACCACAGAGUUAGAAGACGACAGAAUAGACACAAAGCGUGUCCCAAUCUUGACCAACGACCCGCAAAUCCAUGAACGUCUUCUCGAGCCAUCUUCGCUGCAGCAACUGGGUAUUGACCGUCCCCUGGUCGUGAACCGGAAGCGUCAACUGAAGUCUGAAGAUGUACCGAGUUUGGAUACAAGGUGUCUCUCAGAAAGUCGAUUGAAUCAACGCGAGGGAGGCGAUAUGGGGGAUCGGGGAAUGAGGUUCUUUCGGGAUCCUAUGCAGCACGAAGGCCAUAACACGUUCCGCUCGAAUAUAGUCUGA